UUUGUUAAUUGUAAUUGUUUUCAGUGACGAGGCUGCCCGCUGCUGUUGAUUUUCUCAUAGGAUUUUAAUUUGCUCUGAUUUUCAUUACUAAUACUACGAUUGUGCGGAAUUUCAAAUCUAUGUUCCAGAGAUUAAUUCGUAGAUCACCUAAUUAUAUUUCUCCUCUGUGAUAGUUCUUGCUUACGCCAAAAAGUCUUGCCAGUGAGGUUAUGUGUGCACUGAACGUUUGAAUUUUUUGCUUUGAAUCCCCUCGCCGUAAGUAAAUACAACAUUGUUCGAGUGCAAUCACGGAUGAUUCUACCGGCAUUAGAAUGCUAUUUAUCAAUGUUCAAUGUGUUUAUCCGGAAACCGUUGAUUCGAGACGCGAUUAAGUUUCCAAAGUUGGGCUAGCCCAUCGAGAACCUAACAAUCAGCUCCGCACAAACUCAGAAACAUGGCCACUCUUCAAACUUGAAACCAUUCCAAAAAGCAAGAAAAUGGGGGAGCUGAAUGAGCAGUUGUUUGAGCAAAAGCUUCUCAGUUUGAAGGAUUCUCAGGAAAGCAUCUCUGCUCUGUCAAGUUGGUGCCUAAAGCAUCACAGCCAUCACAAGAAAAUUGUCGCAGCAUGGCUGCGCAUCCUGAAGAGAGUUAAAAUUGAACAGCGCUUAACACUGUUUUAUUUGGCCAAUGAUGUUAUUCAGUAUAGCAAGCGGAAAGGUUAUGAAUUUGUCGAAAGUUGGGGGACGGCCCUUCAAAAAGCAACCACAAUGGUCAGAGAUGACAAAGUUAGGAAUAAAAUUUUACGUCUUUUCAAAAUUUGGGAUGAAAGAUCUAUCUACGAUGAGGCAUUUCUCAUGGACUUAUCUGGCCUCUUGUCAUCAAAUCCUAAGAAACCAGUCAGUUCAGAUCCAGCAGAGUUUCAGCCCACCACUCUGUUUGCUAAAAUCAGAAGUUGUAAAACACUGGAAGAAGACACUGAUCUGAAGCUGAAGCAAAUUAAAGAGCAUCCAGUCGAUAUAUCAGAUAUUAAAGCACUCAACGCAACUUUAAAAGUAAAAUUACAAGUCAAAUCUGAGUGUGAUGAGUUAUCAGUGGAUAUCGAUGAUGGUAUCAUCAAAAUGGAGCGGUACAUCAAGGCCCUGGAAGUGGAAAUUAAAGAGCGGACCUCGUUGAUUGACCUUCUGGAGGCGAGUGAAUCGUAUUACGAAACACAGCGCGGUGAAGCAAAGAUUGUUUGUAAUGCCUAUCGCAACUUUGGCAGCCGAGUUAAAAGCUUGAAAAGGAAGCUAGCGGAUUUAAUCCUAACUUUACCUAGUCCUCUACCUUCGCCAGAUGUCAAUGCUCCUUCGCCGUCUCCUGAGUCGGAUAUUGAUCUACCUGAUGAUAAUAAUGGUGCUGAAUUUUACAAUCCUCACAUGAGCAACUACACCAACUAUCAGUCAAAUCAGGGUUUUUUCCCAACCGAGUCGAACAAUGCCUACGAAGCAACCAACUUUAACUCUAACGAUGGCUACACCUAUCCGCUGGCCAAUGAUACAGUCCCUUUUAACGCUUCGGUCCCACCACCAACCACCGCUGCGCCCAUGGAGGACUCCUCAGUUUUGAAUAACUCAAGCUUUUCCAGUUUUAUGGGAAAUUUCAACUUGCCUUUAGAUAUACAGAAGACUCUGUUCAAGCAAGACGCUGAUAUAGAAACUCCUGCCUCCCCACCAAUAGAUCAACAGAUAGAUGAAUUGUUAGACUCACCUUCCAAUGGAGCAGAGGGCAAGCCUAUUGAAGUGAUCAGCUCUACAGCCAAACCAAAUGAUUUAAAUUUCAAUGUAUCCGAAUUCUUAAAGUCACUGAUGCCUACAUCGAUGCCCGACAUCGGGAGCACAGCACCUCAACCAGUUCCUGAUCCGGUGUUAGAGAUUCCAGUUUCACAAGAAGUGCCGAUGGUUCCUCCACCGCCCAUGCCUCCAGAUGUGUUUUUCAAAGAAGAAUUUAACGAUUUUAAACGCACCAACGGCAAUAAAGGUUGGAACUCUGCCUUACCAGCGAAAUUCCCAUCCUGGAAUCAGCCCAAUCCUGCUUGGGAAGUCUCCGACACACCAAGUUCUCCGCCGACCUUUGAAAAAGAGUCCUACGUUGAACCUAUUGAAUAUAACGACACGACAGGGAACAUGGACUCCAUGGUUGGAACGGAUCGGGACGAUCGACGCAUCCCGUUCAAACAAGCCAUGAAGGACACUGAUCAUCGGCUACUCGACCGCCGAACACAGUCACUCCGUGGGCAUAAGGAUGUCGAUCAUCGCAAUCUCAUUAGUCUGACAGGAUCUCCAAAGCAAGAUUCUAAAACAGAAAAGAAAAGCAACUUUGAUUAUAAGUCGAUCCCAAUGCCUCCAACGCCACCUUCAAUACCUGCAAUUUUCGAUGCUCCCCCUCCGCCCAUCCCUGCACCCCCAGUCCCUCCUAUGAUUCCUGAUAUUUCAAUUCCCCCACCCAUUAUUUCUAUUCCUCCUCCCCUAACCUCUAUUCCUCCGCCGAUGAACUCACUCCCUCCUCCACCGAAAAAUGUCGAUAAUGUCGAGAGUGUCGAUAUGGAAAUGUCAGACGACGAAGACCAUGCCAGUGGGAAGGAAGCUUCGCCUUUUAGAUCGAAAAAUAGCUCCGCAAACACUAGCUGUGAAACUAUGAGAGACUCGCCCGCCAAGUUAGAUCAAACCGACUUGUACUCGGAUAUUCCCACCCCCAAGGCGGAUGGAAAUGAAUCAAUGAAAGAUAUUGACAUGUUCUCGCAAACGUUUGAGAUACCAAAACCAGUCAACAAAGCACUAGCAGCGGUCGUCAAAGACCCGUCAGUGGACCCAAUACUCCCAUCGAAGGAUCUCUUUUCACCACCGGUCACACCGGGAAUGUUGUUGAAUGAUGACGAUGCUCAGGAAUUGACCGAAAUCAACUUCUCCAAGUCUUUCUUGGACGAAACAUCAGCUUUCCUGAAUGAAUUUGAUAGUCAAGAGCUGUUGAAAGACCCGCCGCCCAUAGCAAGCGACGAGCAGUUUCCGACGGAUCUUCUUGAUGGUAGUAUAAGUGAUAGUGAAUCAGUGAAUAGUCCGAACCUCCAAAAACGAACUGCUGCAUCAGACCCUAGGUUUCGUUCUCCAGUCAUUAAUAAUAGUCCUGUAGGAAAUUUCAACAGUGUUCGGACUCCCGGGUGGCAGAAUUCGCCGCGGCAGUUUAGGCCUAGGUUCAACCAACCAACUGCUCCCAAUCAGUUUCGACCUAAUUCGAGAGGCUUCCGGCCGCGGACAAGGCCUAGCCCAGGCACAUUCAGAGGCCGCCCGUUCUUCUCAAGUUGGCAAUGAUGAAGUCACUGUCUUUCCUAUGUUUUUGCGUAAGUUUCUCUCCGUUGUUGUUAGAAUCGUUCAGAUUGUUACACGCAACUGUUGUUUUGUAAUACGUGGACCAAUUUCGAUUUCAUUUUCUUUCAAGCUACAAGGGAUGUGCUUCAAUCUCCAACGAAGGUGGCUUGUUUCUUGUCUACACAAAUCUUAAUGAAUGACGAAUUGUAUGCUAUAACUGACGUAGUAAAUUGGGGGUUAAAAUUUGGCCUGUAGUAGUCAACACAGUUCGAAAAGUGGCACACUAAUGUCACAGUAUGCUUGAGUCUACUUUGAAAUUUUAACCAAGAUACAUCAAUGCAAGCUGAAAACGAGGAUGAGCAUGAACAAGGUAAAAGUAUUCUGCUUCAGGUCGCACCUGGAAAUGAUGCAUAAAAUAUUAGUGACAAAUGAAAUGGAAAGUCAUUGGUUAAACAUGGCGGCGAAAUAUUUGAUUCUAAAGUAAUUGAUGAAUGUGCAAUAUUAGCAUUGUUCUAGUCUUCGAACACAAAAACGCUUGAUGGAUAUUCAAUAGUCUUUUGUGCUUGAGGUUUUUAAAGGCUCUCCGUAUCACCAAUGAUUUCAGUGUGCUCGUUCUUGAAACAAAGCUCUCUUGCACAGACAGUCAGGAAGGAGAUUUAUGCAGUUUUGAAAAUAGUCCUCCACAUUUAUCUAUGAAGCCGUAAACUAGCACAAUUUUCUCUAUUUCUUUUCUUGAUCUAUGAACAAAAGAAUAAAUGAACAGAGACGAACUCUUUCUUCCAAUGUCAAAAUUUCAUCCCCUCUGUUUUUGAUGGAAGUUGGUGGUUUUUUAAAGAAGAAAAUAACGGAAUUCCAGCUCUCAAUUUUACAAUUUAACUUUGGAGAAAUCGCUUUUCUUCACGGUGAAUGGUGAGCCUGAGGAAGAGAUUUUCUAGAAAAUCGAGAAUUGGUUUUUUCUAAAAUGCGUCAAAUACUCAAAAUUAUUAGGCAGAGCCAACUCACACUAAGUUGUCGCGCUUUAAUAGUUAAAAGAAAGGCAAAAUUAUUAAUUAAGUCAUUCUCCUUGCCCAGUUGAGUCCAAGUUGUUUAAUUCUCUUAAUAGUAGCUACGAAUGAAAGUCUAUCGCAUUAUUUUUAAAACCCAUUAGUUUUAUGAUUUUGAAACCAAAAAAAAACAUGCAUCUUUAUCUUGGUGUUUGAAAAUUUAAGCUCUUAGAUGAUUAAAGUCUAAUUGAAAAGGUACGUGUCAGUUUUUUAUGCAGCUAAUCAUGAAUCACAUUUCUUAUUAUUUAAGAACUUGAUUGGUAUUUUCUUCAUUUUUUUUAGUUAGAGGGGAAGAUUAUAUUCGCUAGACUUUUGUUAUUUCAUCUCUCAUAGUUCAAACGAAUUGAAUGAUUUUUUCAAAGUAUUAUUUUGAAUUUGAGAGAGCUACUCAGUAAUGUUAGUCCUUUUGGGCGAGGUGGGAGAAGAAAUGCAUUCACAGUCCGUUGUAGAGUCCAUGCCAACUAAGUUUGUGCACUCCUCGACUGCAACAGAAGAUAUGCCAUCUUGAUUCUUGCAUUUACUCUCCAUGUGAAAAUGACGGCAGAUGAUCCUCUGCUGCUUGCUAUAAGUGCGUAAACCUAUUAGGCAUGGAUCUACCUAGAGUUUUUGAUACCUAGUUCAUAUGUAUCUCCAUUCCUUGUUAAAAUAUGAUCAAUUUCCUCUCAAAUUCAUAGAUUUCGCUUGAAGUCACAACACAAGUAUUCUUCUACUUGAUCAGGCAGAAAUUUCUGUUUAAUUCAUGGAAAAAAUACUUUGGUUUAUUUUCUCCCUAAACUUGUAUUCUAAUACUUCCGUGCACCAUAAGUAUCAUAGAUUUGACGUGAUUU